UAUUAUCAUAGGGUCUGGUAAGUUGUUCAACGUGGCAGGGUGAAAUAUGAGUCGCCAGCCAGGCCAACUAGACUGCCACGUUUACACAUUCUGAACCUGUACUCGGCUCAGCUUGUGUGUGUCAUCAUAACUUCACUCUGUGCUCAAGACGUACGGGUCGGGAAAAGGAAAAUCUCUCAGUUUUCUCGCGCAGACUUGCUUCAAAAUGAAUCAUUUACUUGCUACUUUGGUUGCCUGCAUCUUGGUUGCUUACACCAGUGCUAAGCCAAACUCUGACUCCUCGGGUAAAGAUGUCAAAGCCAUUGUCACUGACAAGGUGUACUUUGACAUCCAGAUUGACAAUAAGGACAAAGGACGCAUUGUCAUCGGUCUGUUUGGGGAGGCCACGCCAUUGACUGUCAAGAAUUUCCUCAAUUAUGCCAAAACUGCCAAGGAAAACACCUACAAGGGAACACAUUUCCAUAGAGUUAUCAAAGACUUCUUGAUUCAAGGUGGCGAUGUGGCAAUGCAUGAUGGGAGCGGAUCCAUCAGUAUCUACGGAAAAUAUUUCAACGACGAGAACUUUGACUUGCAACACUACGGCCCGGGAUGGCUCAGCAUGGCUAACGCUGGUCCUGACACCAACGGAUGCCAGUUCUUCAUCACAACUGUCAAGACGCCGUGGCUGGACGGUAAACACACCGUCUUCGCUAAAGUCUUAGAAGGUAUGGAUGUAGUCAAAGCGAUUGAGGAAGUAGCGACGGACGAUCAAGAUCGUCCUCUCAAGCCGGCCGUCAUCUGGGAGUGUGGGAUCUUGGACGUUGAUGCUCCUUUUGAAGUGGAAAAAGCAGGUGUGGAGGUGGAAGGCGUAGCAGGUCCACCGGUGGUGUAAAUUAUUCGAAUUUUUUUUGGUUUCGUGCCUUGACUUAAGUAAAAAUAAAGCCUGUCUGAUUUGUUUAGCUCUACAGGGGUGUCAAAAAGAAAGUGACCGAACAAGGUAAAACUAUUUAAUAAAAAUA